AUGGCUGAAAAUGAACAAGAAACUGCGCGUCCUCCAGAUAUAGACCCGAGCUCUCGUAUCUCGGCUUUGGGCUUAUCUCGCAUCAGCAUCGUCGAUGACAGCUCUAGAACCCGCGCCACCUUCAAUUUUAUGGAGAAACGGGAAAUCUACAAGGUUAUCGUUGAUAAUGUCGAUUUUACACCAGAAAACAUCGUCGAUCCAGACUAUGUGACCAUGGACGACACGUUCACGCACGCGGCUUUCGAAACUAAACAAAGGAGAAAGAGUAAAAGCGAAGUGGUCCUCAAAGAUAAAUCAUCAGACGCCGGUAUGAAGGUGUACGCCACCACCAUCUCCCUUGACGACAUCUAUAUCGAUCACACUUACAAUACGGAAGAGGGCGUCGUGGAACAAGACGUCGAUUUGGGACAAGCGCCAUCCGCCUUUUAUUUACCGAAAAUGAAUCCUAUUACAACCUAUCCACCGGAAAUCUUUGUAGUAUUCAAAGAAACCGAAACCCAUUACUUGUUUGAGCUGCCAUGCUUUUCUUUCGAGAAGGGUAGUACCGAAGGAACAACGGUUGAAGAAGAAAAUGAGUAUUAUCAGUAUAUAACAGUAGGAAAGGGUAGGAAUAGGAAAAUGGUCGGCGAGGAAACUCAGACGCAGCAACGUGUGACGCAGACCCGGCACACGCUGUGCACGAGACCCAAGAAGAAGAACGCUAUUGCGUUCGCUUCAAUGUGGGACAUGCACGACACGUAUGCGCAGCUCGCUAAAGUAAAGAAGGAGAAAGAACCCGACGAAAUGGUCAUGUACCAGUCUGCUGCACCUAACCUAUUACGGAAAAAGAAGGUAGCCGAUGUUGACGAAAAAAGGGGCAAAACGUUCGUGGAAAUCGCCCUAAUGCCGGAGUUUCAGGAUGCAGCUUUGUUGGUAGAACGUGUUCUCGCUGCCUUGGAGUAUUGCGCGGAGCAGAAAACAUUUCGCGGCCUGGUAACCUUCAACCCUCUGUCUUUGGACUUAAUCUACAUUUACUCAAUGAAACCCCUUUGGACAUUCGAAUGCGAGGAGACGCAGAAUCGGCCGAUUACUAACAUUUCUUUCAAUACAAAAAAUCCUAACAUUUUAGCGGUCGCCCAUGGGAAAUUCGGUUACGCUGAAUACAACACUGGACUCGUGUGUAUUUGGUGUACAAAAAACCCUUGCAAGCCAGAAAGGACAUACCGCUUUGAGGAUCCAGUCACAUCGCUCGCCUUCUCUGAAAAGAAUCCAAACUGGCUGGCGUGUGGUUUUGAUAAUGGAGACGUGUUGAUAUUGGACAUUACCUCUUAUUGGGUGAAAAUUGUUGCAAAGAGUCAGCGCGAUACGAAUCCUUGUUUCGAGCCGAUUUGGGUGACGAGCUGGCGAGUGGCGGAGGGGUCAACGGAGUACGUGAUGACAACAUGUCAGGACGGAAGGGUGAACAGGUUCACAAACACAAAGACUCACGAUUUUAUCUGCACUCCUAUGAUGCGACUGUCGACGGUCGAGGGGAAGCUGAAAGGAUUGGAGACUCCGAAGACAUGUCUGAAGGUUGAUGUGCCAAUAACUAGGUACCCGGCGGCGCUGUGCAUGAAGUGGCACCCGGUGAUAGACCACAUAUACUUCGUGGGUACAGACGAGGGCUGCAUCCACAGAUGCUCGACGAACUACCUGAACCAGCACAUUGACGUGUACCGCGCUCAUGCCGGUCCUGUCUACGCGAUGGAAAUUUCUCCGUUCAUGAAGAAUUUGUUGGUGUCGUGCGGCGCUGAUAGUGCUAUUAGGUUAUGGAUCGAAGGGCUCGAUGACGUCAUCCUGACCUUGAUGUGUCCCGCCGCGGUGUACGGCAUCGCGUUCUGCCCUAUAAACGCGACCGUACUCAUAUCUGUGAGCGGGAACGUUUUGUCUAUAUGGGAUUUGCGUAGGAAAACGCACAUACCGUGUGCCGAAUACACGUUUCCCAAUAACGUUGUGUUGACUUAUGUUAAAUUUUCUCCGUCAGGGGACAACGUGUUCGUGGGAGAUUCUAUGGGGAGAGUGUACACUUAUCAUUUAGAGGAUACCCCCAUACCUCCGUUCUAUCAGUACAAGAUGCUAGACGAGACAUUAAAGAGAGCAUUGUGCACACGGCCACAGCUUCUAAAACAACUCGAGAAACUUGAAAAGUUUAGAGAACGCUUCGGCAAGUAG